UUCUACACCUGUGUACGUAUUCUUGCACACUGCAGUGCAAUCUGUUAUAAUAGGCAGUAAAGCAAAGCAAAAAGUGACUCCAGAAGUCACAUGACAAAAUCACUGCAGAAGUAGCAUAAUAGAACAGAACAGUGGCAUAAUAUUACAGCAUUAAUGCAUCAGAGGAAGGCUCCACCAGUAGGUCUGAAUCCCUAGGCUGCAUAUGACUGACAUAAUAUGCCAAAAGCGUCAGCAUCUGAAACCCGUCUUUCAGUGCAUCACGUCAUCACUGAGUCCAGAGGCGGUCCGUUCCUGCCUCCAAAAUUAGUGACAGGACAGAGGGGAGGGCCCGUGCAGGAUAAAGCCUAACAGCCCAUUCGGAAGAGAGGAUUGCCAACCUGAAACCUGAGACAGGUAUGACCUCGCCUUUACAACACUCAAAGUACAGCCAUAGAAUAUAUUCCAGGUACUUUGUUUCAAGUUGACGGCAGCUACUAGACAAUACUGUGGUCUGGACUCCGGCACUGAUGGCAGAGAAAAGAAAUUUGUCGUAUGUACCUUUGAAGCAGCCCAUCGUGUUCACAGUGGAAGGCUUCAUCAUAACCAGGCAGCAGGGAUACCCCCUGUUUGUGGCCUCCCUCAUCGUGUACGCCGUGAUGCUGCUGGGAAACAUCACCGUGGUUGCAGUGAUCGCCGUGGAUGCCAAACUCCACAAGCCCAUGUACAUGAUGAUGUGCAACCUGGCAGCAUGCGAUCUUCUCGGGGGCACGACAGUCAUGGCCCAGAUGUUGCCACACUUCCUGACAGGGGCCAAGACCAUCGGCUACGUGGCGGCAAUAGUCCAGGCCUUCUGUGUGCACACGUAUGGCUCAGCCGUUACCACUAUUCUAUCUGCCAUGGCGUAUGACCGCUACGUGGCCAUAUGCCAGCCGCUGCACUACCACGCCAUCAUGACCACUAGAAGGCUGGUUUCACUGUGUUUUGUCGCCUGGCUCAUUCCAAUUUGCCUGAUUACGAUCCUCUUCAUUCUGACCGUGGGAACACCAUUGUGUGGGACGUUAAUCCUGCAUGUCUAUUGCAGCUAUAGUGCUAUUCACAAGCUGGCAUGCGUCCCCAACCCCAUUAAGGACAUAUACGGUAUGUGUACAAUUUAUUCCAUAAGUACGGGCAGCUUCUUAGUCAUUGCCUUUUCCUAUGUGAAGAUCUUCAAAACGUGCAUCAUCAAACAGGAGAAAAACAGUCGGAGCAAGGCCAUACAGACGUGCGCCUCCCAUCUCACCAUUUAUGUCCUUUUUGAGAUCUCUACGUUCACCAUUUUCGUUACUUACAAUCUGCAAGAUAUCAGCCCCAACGCCAGGAAGUUCUGCACCAUUCUUUGUUUCAUCUUGCCUCCCACAGUCAACCCAAUCAUCUAUGGCAUCGCCAUGAAAGAUAUUCGCAAAAACAUUGUGAAGCUUUUCAAAUCCAACGUCUCCCCAAAAUAGGGAAACUAGCGUGUACUACCAAGUAAUCCAAAUACUAUUUUUAAAAUGUUUAAAAGGUUUAGGUUGAAGAAAGUUGCUAAAUUGGGGGGAACAUGAAACUACAUCUCUAAAGCAUUUUCCCAGAGGAAGUGUCAGACAAACAAUUUUAGCUGUAAAGUUGUGGUUCAGGGGCUGGCAAAAACAACUAUCAUUGUGCAAACUUUGCUACAACACUGGUAUUCUCCACACCCUUCCACAAUUUCACCUCAUCAUUUUUCCCCCAUGAACCUUUUGCAUUAUAAAAAGCACAUCUAGCCUACAUUUUAAAAACCAAUAAGAAGCACUUUCCACUAUCCCAGAGGAAGUGUCAGACAAACAAUUUUAGCUGUAAAGUUGUGGUUCAGGGGCUGGCAAAAACAACUAUCAUUGUGCUUCACUCCAUCACUGUAAAAACUCCAAAUAAAGUUUUUUGCCAGAUGGGGAGAGGAUACUUGAGGUGAAGUCCUACACUGGUUUUUUUUUUUUUUUUUGCAGUGCUGAGGACGAUCAUUCUGGGCACAAUUUGAAUCAUCUUCCAUCAUUUCCCCCCAUGCACCUUUUGCAUUAUAAAAAGCAUACCUCUUCUUCACUUUUUAACAUAAAGCACAAUCAUUGUAAUCCAUUUUUUACUUCUAUUGUCUUUUGUCAUAUUUGGUCAGUGUGAUGAAAACAUAAUAUUACAGAAUCACAAUAAAAACAUUCAACAGUACAGAUUAUGUGUAUGACUGC